GGCCGUGAUUUCCGGGUUCUGUGUUGCUAGGGGGAAGGUGGCGCAGAGGACCUGUUGGAAAUGACGGUAGAAGAAGUCGGAUUUCAAUAUAAAGUCCAAAACAGUAAGCCUGGAAGAUAGCAAAGAAACUUCACCAGACCUGCGUGUUAAGGGGUGUGACUCACCAUGGAGUCUCUGAUGAGUGCGGUGGGCCCCCGGACCCCGGCCCUGUUGAAGAAGGCCUCUGAGGUGGACUUCCGGUCGGGGGCCACACUGGAGCAGCUGUCGGCCCAGGUGUCUGAGCUGGUCACCCUGGAACAGGGAGACUUCGGGGACCAGCUGGCCCUCGAGGUCCACACGGCCAAAGACUUCAUCUUCAACAUGCUGGGCCUAGUACAGAAGGUGGACCAGCGUCUCCCGGUGGCCAAUGAGUACCUGCUCCUGUCUGGGGGUGCCAGGGAGGGGGUUCUGGACCUCAACCCAGAGGAGCUGGGGGACUACGCCAAGGGGGCCGACUUCGACCUGGACUUCACCCUCCUGGUGCCUGCCCUCAAGCUUCAUGAUCGCAACCAGCCGGUCACCCUGGACAUGCGUCAGUCGGCCCCCUGCCACUCCUGGCUCUCCCUGCGGCUCUGCGACCCCAACACCCAGGCAAGAUGGAGGAUCUGCUGCCAGGAGGAGACAGACUUACCCCCUGAUGAUGAUGAAGAAGAGAAAAGGGAAAUGGGUCACAAAGCCUCUGGUGCAGUCCCCCCCUCCCUCUACUCGCCCCACCAGUCUCUGGAUGGCUGCUACAUGUCCCCGGCGCUGGUGGCUGACUGGUUCUGGGGAGUGGUGGGUGAGGCGGUGGACGAGCUGAGGCGUUCCCCCAAGAGAGGCAUCCCCGUCCCGGAGAGGCUGGAACGCAACGGGCCCCUGACCACCCUCAUCCUCCAGGCGGGCUCCAGCCGGGUGCUCUAUGACCUGCUGCCAGUGGUGUCCUUCCGGGGCUGGCCCGCCGUGGCCCAGGGCUGGCUGACGGCCAACCACUUCUGGGACGGGAAGAUCACGGAGGAGGAGGCCAUCUCUGGCUUCUACCUGCUGCCCUGCCCGGCUCCGCUGGGGGGGAGGCCCGACCGGGAGUGGAGGCUGGCCUUCUCACGCAGCGAGGUGCAGCUGAAGAAGUGCAUCCCGUACCCCAUGGCCCAGGCCUUCCAGGCUGCCAAGGCUGUCCUCUCCCGCCUCCUGGCUCGCCCCCGCACUGGCCUCAGCCCCUACCACCUCCGCACCCUCCUCUUCUGGGCCUGCGACCGCCUACCACCUGCCUACCUCUCCUCGCCUGACCCAGAAACCCCCGCCCGCCUCCUGCUGGGCCUCCUGGAUGAUCUGGCCCACUGCAUCCUGGGUAAGAACUGUCCCAACUACUUUCUGCCCCAGUGCAACAUGCUGGAGCACCUGUCGGACAGCCAAGCCCUGCUGGUGGCCCGGAAGCUGGCCCAUGUCCGGUCUGACCCGACCGAGCACCUACGGGCGGCCCUGGACCAGGCCAGACAGGCGAGCCAGCUGAAGAGGGAAGCGGCGAGCGCUACCAACGGGCACGGAGGGUCGCCCAGGCAAGGUUACCCGGCCAGCGGCAUCAUCUCGCCCUCGGACGACAAACUGGCUGCCAGGCUGCAGCAGCUGGUGACAGAGAACCCCGGGAAGUCGAUUUCUGUUUUUCUCAACCCCGAUGAUGUCACAAGGCCGCACUUCCGCAUCGAUGACAAGUUCUACUGACCUGAGAGUAAUGGUGUGCUAACGACACACACUUUCUUCAAAACACAUGGAAACGGCGAGUCAUCUAGGAAGGCUCGAGAGUCAAAACACUACAGAGCCUCACUGCUCUCCUAUCCCGCCCCCUCCUGGAGGCUAACGACAAUGAUGCUAACGCUAACAACGCUGCUGAACUAUGACACUACCAAAAACACCUUUGCACACUCCCAGGAGCAGGAGGCUGACCCUAGAGAGCCCCAGGCUACAGAAACCAACACUCUUCUAUCCAUUUAGUAGUGAGUGAUGUCAUAAAGAGACCUCACCACAGGAAAAAGGCUCGUUGAGUUACCACGGAGACCGCUGCUCUUUUAUGAGCUUGCCGUAACGAGAUGUUUAAAAAAAAAUAAUAAAGAACCGCUUUAGAGUGAAGAAAGUCUUCUGCUGCUCCCAUUCAAUGGCAUGGCGUACCCAAAGGGUUUCUCCUCUCUCCACACUAAUGAGAAAUACUGUAUUUGCCCCUUUUUUCCCAAUGCCCAAUCAAAGUGGGUGAUAGUACCAGGAUUCUCCAUUUUAUACUCAACUAUGAUGGAACUGAAUGUAAUUUGGUGUGGGGCAAUGUCUUUGAACAAAUAGUAUUUUCUUUCUAUACUUUUUAUCCCUUUUUUUCUGUUUGCUCUCUGCCCCUCUCGUUCUCAUACUUCCUUUCUCUCUCUUUCCCCUUCUCUCUCAGGUAUUUUUAAUGUUGUUUAUUGUUUUUCUAUGGACGCAGACUUCCUCUUGGAGGGUUAUGGUUCCCCUCCAUCUAUCUUGAAUGGUAUAACCCAGGGUUGUCCUUCCAUUUCAACACUUACUAUGUGACGUAACGCACCAAAGAUCCACUGGAUGGGUGUGUCGAGGAGCCUUUGCUUCUUCAAUCUACCACCCCAUAAGAAAGUUAUCUGUACUCACUGACCCAGAGUCAGUCUGUACUCUUAAAGGAAAGAUUCACCCAUUUUGAAUGCUAUAUUAUUUUUGGUAAUCUCUAAGUGACGUUAUAUCUAUUCCCGGGGUAAUUUCAUGUUUAUCUGAGCUAUUGCAGUUCAAGCACGCCGAAAUAAAGCCGCUCUCACUACUCUGGAAGUUAACUUAAAUAUGACUUUUAGAUUGCGAAAAAGUCUAUCAUACAUGUCAGAUUUCAAUACUGGCUUGGUUAUUUUCUCUCAAAUUAGCCAAUGAUCAUAUUUUUUGCAAUAUUCCUACCUCGAAAUUUCUUAUGAGGGUCCACCACAUUUCUCCUAUUUGUCUGCUUCUUCAGUCCAGAGUGCAUUGUAUGGUGCCGUUGCAUGGCCAUUGCGAAUGUCAGACUCCUCUCUGCGAGGUACAUCGAUCUGCAGGUUGAACGUGGUGAGAUUGUAGACUCCUAAAUUCAUAGUGCAGUUUAGGUGAUUUUUACAGCCAACUCGCUACUUCACAUGCUGAUAUUGUAUUUGGUGUUGUUGUGUCUAGCUACACUUGCUAGCUAGCUACCGACCAAGCUAGCCAGCCAGCCCAUAGAGGGAGCAUUGCAUUGUGGGUUUGGUAGUCGAUCUGAGCUGCAACAGAUUUCCACAUGUUGCUACCAACCUUAUUAUAACGACAAAAUGAAACAUUUGUUCACCAGAAAUAUUGAUCUCACACAGUGUUAUUUAACACUGUAAAUUAUACCAAUUAGUGGUUUUGGGCGGAUUUUGUCUUUAACCCUCAUAUUCCCCACCUUUACCUUCCUGACCAACAUGCCGAUCAGCGGUCACCUCAUCAAUUUGCCUCGAUUCAGAGGGGUUGGGUUAAAUGCGGAAGACCCAUUUUCAGUUGAAGGCGUUCAGUUGUACAACUGACUAGGUAGUUUAUCAUCAAAUAAGGGUAAUAUCAUAGGGGCUAUAAACUUUAAUUCAGUUAUUUUCUUACAGUCCCUUUGAAAAUGUAUACCAUGGUACAUUUACAUUGGGGCUCUAAUGGUGGGAUGUGGUCAUUAAAUGUUGUAUGAUAUUAACAAACUACCUAUAUGGAGACAGGUUGGUGCGGAAAGGAGGAGAGGUACGGUAGGGUUAGCUGCUGAAACGGUUGGCACACUGCUCGAUUGUAUUCUAAUCUCCAUGUUACGAAAUGAAAGCACUGCCAUGGCUUGGCAAGGCUACAUCAUGUCAUCUGUAUGAGGCUUGUGUAAGGGCUAUUUUCUUUGUUCCACUUUUGUGUGUGUGUGUAUGAAGAUGGGGAGGUUUUCAUGGUUUGUGGUUGAAACUCAGAGGAAAAGCUUUUUGUCUUGUCUCAGAUUUUAAUUGGAGGAAACUUGACUGGUUUUGUAAUGGUCCCUCUCUCGCUCUUCUGCUUGGUUUGCCUGUUUUAAUAAGCUGUGUGUGAUCGGACCACUGAUCAAGCUCUUUAAAUGUGCUGAUGUAGAGCGAGUUAGAGAUCCAAAGAGAUGGAACAGGAGCUAAUGCACAGCAGGACACAAACACCCAAUGUGCAAGCCUCCUUUCUACAUCCCCUUGUGCCCUCCUCUCUCUCUGUGUGAGAGUCUUGGGGGGCCUUAUCUUGUCCACCCAGAUGUGUUGGAUGGGGAGACGGGCCAGCCUCUGGCCCUUUGUACAGAUUAGUGGUAAAGGAUGGGGCUGCUGGGAACUGGGACAGCCGCUUGUCUCUCUCUCGUUAUAUAUCUGUCUCACCUUCUCAUUAUUUAGCUGCGUCUGUCUCUUCUCACUUGUUUUCCUUCUAUAGCCUCCCAUCCAAUGAGUGGAAGUCACAUCUCCUGAAUACAAACAGUAUCAACACCUUUCUAUCACCAGAUUGGCUCUAAUCGGCAUUGGCUUAGACCGAGGGUGUGUCCAAAAUGGCACCCGAUUCCCUAUAUAGUGCACUUCUGCCCCAUGGUCUCCGGUCAAAAGUAGUGCACUGCAUAGGGAAUAGGGUGCCAUUUAAGAAGCACAGAGUAUCAGAUGUGCUUGUUGAAUAUCAUUAGUGGAACGUCAUGGACAUCACUCAAGCAUCAUCGGAACACUAAAUCAAAUAACAUUUUAGUUGUCAAAUGCGCUGAGUUCAACAGGUAUAACCUUACAACAAAGCAGUUUUAAGAAAAAUAAGUCUUAGGUAAAAAAGAGGUAAGUAAGAAAUAAAAUGAUCAAAUAAAUAAAGAGCAGCAGUAAAAUAACAGUAGCGAGGCUAUAUACAGGGGGUACCGGUACAGACUCAAUGUGCGGGGGCACCGGUUAGUAGAGGUAAUAUGUAUGUAGGUAGAGUUAGUGACUAUACAUAGAUAAUAAUCCGAGAGUAGCAGCAGUGUAAAACGGGGUGGAGGGACAAUGCAAGUAGUCUGGGUAGCCAUAUGAUUAGUUGUUCAGGUGGUAGAAGCUGUUAAGUCUUUUGGACCUAGACUUGGCUCCCCGGUACCGCUUGCCGUGCGGUAGCAGAGAGAACAGUCGAUGACUAGGGUGGCUGGAGUCUUUGAACAUUUUUAGAGCCUUUGACACACCGCCUGGUAUAGAGGUCCUGGGUGGCAGGAAGCUUGGCCCCAGUGAUGUACUGGGCCGUAGGCACUACCCUCUAGUGCCUUGCGAUCGGAGGCUGAGCAGUUGCCAUACCAGGCAGUGAUGCAACCAGUCAGGAUGCUCUCGAUGGUGCAGCUGUAGAACUUUUUGACGACCCAUGCCAAAUCUUUUCAGUCUCAUGCGGGGGAAUAGGCUUUGUUGUGCCCUCUUCACAGGUGUGUUUGGAACAUGAUAGUUUGUUGGUGAUGUGGACACCAAGGAACUUGAAGCUCUCAACCUGAUCCACUACAGCCCUGUUGAUGAGAAUGGAGGAGUGCUCGGUCCUCCUUUUCCUGUAGUUCAAAAUCAUCUCCUCUGUCUUGAUCACGUUCAGGGAGAUGUUGUUAUCCUGGCACCACAUGGCCAGGUCUCUGACCUCCCUAUAGGCUGUCUCGUCGGUAAUCAGGCCUACCACUGUUGUCGUCGGCAAACUUAAUGAUGGUGUUGGAGUCGUGUCUGGCCAUGCAGUCAUGGGUGAGCAGGGAGUACAGGAGGGGACUGAGCAUGCACCCCUGAGGGGCUCCAGUGUUGAGGAUCAGCGUGGCAGAUGUGUUGUUGCCUACCCUUACCACCUGGGGGGUGGCCCGUCAGGAAGUCCAGGAUCCAGUUGCAGAGGGAGGUGUUUAGUAACAGGAUCCUUAGCUUAGUGAUGAGCUUUGAGGGCACUAUGGUGUUGAACGCUGAGCUGUAGUCAAUGGAUAGCAUUCUCACGUAGAUGUUCCUUUUGUCCAGGUGGGAAAGGGCAGUAUGGAGUGCAACAGAGAUUGCGUCAUCUGUGGAUCUGUUUGGGCGGUCUCCGGGAGGAUGCUGUUGAUGUGAUGCAUGACCAGCCUUUCAAAGCACUUCAUGGCUACAGACGUGAGUGCUACGGGUUGGUAGUCAUUUAGGCAGGUUACCUUCGUGUUCUUGGGCACAGGGACUAUGGUGGUCUGCUUAACAUGUUGGUGUUACAGACUCAGUGGGGGACAGGUUGAAAAUGUUAGUGAAGACACUUGCCAGUUGGUCAGCGCAUGCUCAGCGAGCACGUCCUGGUAAUCCGUCUGGCCCUACGUUCUUGUGAAUACUACAGGUCUUUGAAAACUUUUCUUAGUGAUUUUAUAUUCUCUGGAAUGUGAUAGAAUCACUACUUUAUUGGUACUGCAUAUAUUGGGUACAGUACUACUAUAUCAGUAUUGAUACUGUUUUUGAAUAGCUUCUGUUAGUGGAGUGAAUUAGGAACUACUGGUGAAUUGUGUGGGUACUUCUGUUCUUUAUAGCCUUGGUACAGGUGAGUGUAUGAAUCAAAAGGACACCUUGACGAACCAAAGAAUCUAGUGUUGCUGACAAUACAGAAGGAUGAACACCCAGAGGAUAGAGUUGAGUGCGGGUUUGUUAACUGCAAAGUAAUCAAAUUAAGUGUAUUGGUCGUGUACACAGAUUUGCAGGUGUAGCGAAAUGCUUGUGUUUCUAGCUCCGACAGUUCAGUAAUACCUAGCAAUAUAACAAAGUAAGCACAAUCCCAAAAAUGUAUUAAAAAAGAAACGAAGAGAUAUCAAUAUGAGAAGUAUAAUAUAGAAGUAUUUGUGUGUGGGUGGGUGGGUCCAGCACUUUCAAGGUGGCGGUUUUCGACACACCACAGCCUGACGUUGUAAUAAUGUUCAUGAACGUUGCCUUGAGCAUUUCUGAAAGUUGUCAGGAUGGUUGAGACUUCCUUUUGUAAUGUUCUUCCUUCCUGAAUGCUUCCCUAAGUUUUAAACGCACCACCGUUCAACGUCGUAGUAAAGUUGUUAGAACAUUGACAGACUUCCUGAAUGCUCCCCUGAAGUUUUAAAUUCAGUGCCAGCGUUUGAAAUAUGCAAUGUCAGGUGUAUCUCACUGUGUACUGCCUAGUUAGUAGGCAUAUACAUUAGUAUGAUGCUUUAGCCUAUUUUUGAAAAAUGGAAACGUACACAAUUUGAUACUGGUGCAGAAUGUCAAAAUCAAGAGUUAACAGCAGCAGUGCUAUGCAAUCGUGUACCCAAUCUAACUUCUAAUGGACUAUCUGCUGCAGAAAGAGCUGUUGUCAGUAAUAUGAGGUAAUUGUACUGAUAAAACUACUAAAUGUUAUAUUAUUUUGUGCUUAAACUACUGAUAAUUGUUUUUGAUUGAAAAUGAACAAAUAAUGAAUGUAACCAAUUUUACCUCCUUGACUCAUCACUCAAUCAAUUCAAAUAUAGUUGAAGAAAAAUAUAUCCAUGCAAAUCCUGACUGAAUUACCAUAUAAAAGAGCUGCAAUAUCGUCAAUGACUCCACCCCAUAUCUGGAAAUAUUUGCAAUUUAAAACUUGACUACUUUCUACUUCCUCUUCCUUCAUAAAGUGCAAAUUAACUUUAUCAUGAAUGUUUUGCUGUAUUUAUUUUCUCUGGGUUGUAUUGAAUGAUGAUCAUUGAUGGUACUGCUGUAGCAUGAAAUAAAUCUACAUCUUGAUCA